GGGGUGGAGAACUCCCUGUAGCUCCGAACGGUUCCGUGGUUAGGGAACAUUCAGAUCAGUAGUCAAACGGUCAGCUCCCUUCUUUUCCUCAAUUCCGCGCAGGGAGCUGAUAUGCCUUAGCUCUGUCGGGCAUCAGAAGCACUCUUCCAAUUUUCGUUGGUAAGUACACCGGGCCACUAGGAGGUGAACUCCAUACACCGGCAGUGGAGAGAACUUUCAAUUACCAAUGCACUACACCCCAACGUACUAGAAGCAUGCAAGGGCACGAAAGAGCAAUUUUAAGGGCAAGGACCACAGAAUGACAGGCACUGUGCUGACAUGGACCGAGAAGUUGUGGCGACGCCACUAUGAGUCGCGAAGACCAUCGUGCGAGAUGCCAUCACUCCAGUUAGUAAACUGGGGACCCAUUCGAAGUAUGCGAUGCAUUCCAAGUGGAUCAAAAGGCUGUGUGCGCUUCUCCCGCUGGUGGGGACACUUGCUGCGCUGCCACUCAGCGCAAAGGCGGGUGCCGUCUCUCAGGGUCAGCAAAAUGAGCAGCGCCACCAGAACCACGCCCUGCCGCCAACGCCGUGUUGCACGUUUGACAUAAAGGCUUCUCUGCUAGCGAGCUCCACAGCAUGGCGGCGCAGCGCUGCCAGUGCAGGGCGCCCCAGCAUUGCAGGUCCAUCAGCGCCACGAAAUCAGUCUCCCGUGCCUCCACCGGCCGGACAUCUGUCGUUGGAUCCAUUGGCUACUGCGUGUCGCUUCUGCCCACGACCCACGAACUUCUUGCGCAGUUGAGUUAGGCUCAACGCUCCAGGCCUCUGAUUGCACUGAGGCCCAACGAGGUGACGUCCAAACACUUCACGUCCUCCACUUCAUCGAAUCUUUUAAGUUCAAUCUUGCCAUUUUGAGGGAACAUCGCUUCAGGUUCAACCAAACCUUGCCCAUUUUUUCAAGCAUAGGAGGCGUCUCCAGGGUGCUGGGUCCGCUAAUUUGGACUCUUUCAAUGUCUUCCCUCCCAGCCACGGGUGGGGCAAACCGCAUGAGUGACUUGAGACGCGCCCCAUGUCAUGCAGACUCUUGAUGACACCAAAAUCACCAAACAUGGAUUGUAAAACCAAUUCAAAUGAUUUCAUAAUGGAGGGAUUUAGUUUUGGUCAUCAGUCUACCUGAAACGCGUCCCCUCACUGACCUGCCAGCAGGACAUGCAGGACAUAACCUCCCCCCUUUUGGCCUCUAUGAUUUCGAUGCUGACCUUCGGUGAUCCAAAGGCG